CAUCAUCAUCAAUAAACACAUCACAUUUUCUCAUUCAAUAUCCAAAACCUACAAAAAGAAAAGAAAAAUGUUGGCUAUUUUUCAUAAGACGUUUGCUCAUCCACCGGAAGAACUAAACAGUCCGGCGUCUAAUCUCACCGGUGAAAACCCUAAACUUCCCGGAGAAACUCUCUCUGACUUCCUCUCUCACCAUCCCGACACUGCUUUCUCAAUGAACUUCGGUGACUCCGCCGUUCUCGCUUUCGUCCGUUCCCAAAACUCUCUUCAUCAAAGGGUGUUCUGUGGAAUCGAUGGAAUCUACUGUGUGUUUCUUGGAACAUUGAACAAUCUCUGUCAUUUGAACAAACAAUACGGUUUGUCUGGAAAAACUUCAAACGAAGCAAUGUUUGUGAUCGAAGCUUACCGAACACUUCGUGAUCGUGGUCCUUAUCCAGCUGAUCAAGUUCUCAGAGGUCUUGAAGGAAGUUUUUCUUUUGUCGUCUAUGAUACUCAAACCUCCUCUGUUUUUGCAGCUCUGGGAUCUGAUGGAGAAGAGAGUUUGUAUUGGGGAAUAGCUGCAGAUGGAUCUGUUGUUAUGUCUGAUGAUGUUAAGAUCAUUAAGCAAAGCUGUGCGAAAUCGUUCGCUCCUUUCCCAACUGGUUGUAUGUUUCAUAGUGAGAAUGGUUUGAUGAGUUUUGAGCAUCCCAAGAACAAGAUGAAGGCGAUGCCGAGGAUUGAUAGUGAAGGAGUUCUAUGUGGAGCUAACUUUAAAGUUGAUGCUUGUUCAAAGAUCAGUAGCAUUCCAAGAAGAGGAAGUGAAGCUAAUUGGGCUCUAGCCAAUUCCCGUUAAUGCAAAGGAUGAUGAAGAAGGAGAAGACUGAUUGAGUAAACCACGAGUUUGUUUGUCUCUUUGAAUGUUCUGUUCUGUUUUUGUAAAUAUACCUUCGACAUUUUCAAAUAACAAUAAACACUUUCAUUAGUAUAA